UUUCUGCUCAUGUCACUACAUAAAACUAUCAGAUGGUUCGAGGAGGGCCAUGGAGGCGUCAUUCACUUAGUCCAGGACUCCUCAAUGAAGUCUAGCGAGCUCCUUUAGCGGGUCCAGCUAUAGGAAAAAGACGUCCAGACAAGCGGUUCCUCUCCAUAGAUGUACUGGCUCUUCACAGGCGCACAGGCCGGGAAAGAAACUCCUGCAUGAAGAAACUCCCACCGAGGAAUUAAGGGUGACUACCUUUUUUUGUUUUGUUUUCUGGUGACAUUUAUCAAGGAUGCCUCGUCCGGGGAGAAACACGUACAGCGACCAGAAGCCUCCAUAUUCGUACAUCUCUCUCACCGCCAUGGCCAUCCAGAGCUGCCCGGAGAAGAUGCUCCCCCUCAGUGAAAUCUACAAGUUCAUCAUGGAUCGCUUCCCUUACUAUAGAGAAAACACGCAGCGGUGGCAGAACUCGCUUAGACACAACUUAUCCUUCAACGACUGCUUCAUCAAGAUCCCACGGCGUCCAGACCAGCCGGGCAAGGGCAGCUUUUGGGCGCUUCAUCCCAGCUGCGGAGACAUGUUCGAGAACGGCAGCUUCCUGAGGCGCCGUAAGCGCUUCAAGGUGCUCGGCGCCUCCGACCACCUGGCUCCGAGCAAGCAGUCAGACGCCGCCCACUACCUCCAGCAGCAGGCCAAGCUGAGGCUCAGCGCCCUGCAGGCGGCCACCGGCACGCACCUGCCCCAGAUGUCCACCUACAACCUGGGGGUGUCCCAGACCUCCACCUUCAAGCACCCCUUCGCCAUCGAGAACAUCAUUGCGAGAGAGUACAAAGUCCCAGGAAGCUUGGCCUUCUCCACCAUGCAGUCCAUGUCUGCAGGCUACCCGCUGCACAACCAGCUCACCACGGCCUGGCCGCACAUGUACAACAGCGGCGUGAUGGACACGGCGGCACCCAUCUCCAUGGCACCCAGCGACUACAGUGCCUACGGUGUGCCCAUCAAGUCCCUGUGCCACGGGGCGCAGACUCUACCCGCCAUCCCGGUGCCCAUCAAGCCCACGCCGACAUCAAUGGCAGGCUUCUCGGCGCUACCCCCGCACCUGCCCGCCUUCCUGUCCAACUCGCCCCAGUCUCUGAGCCCGACCUCUCCACAGACUGCCACCAGCCAAAGCAGCCCCGCCACCCCCAGCGAGACGCUCACCAGCCCGGCCACCCUCCAGUCGGUGGCCGUGCACUGACCUGCUGGACCCCCCCAUAGCCCCCAACGAACUGCUGGUACCGAACCCAAAGUUUAUAUAUCUGUGUCGUCGGACUCUAUUCAAGGCGAGUUGCAUAUUGAUUCACUUGUGUAUAUGUUGAAUGUGUCGCUUUAAAUCGUGUCCUAAAAAUUCCAGCACAAAAUCUUGCAGUAUUGCGCUUCAACAAAAAAAAUAUAAAUUAUUAUUUGAAAGUUCCUACUGACUUUAACGUGUUGAAGGGAAGGUUUGUUUAAGGCCAUUUUUGAAGGUUUUCUGUUUUAUACUCGCAAAACUUUUGCACACUUUGUGUGACCACCGUGACGUCAUAAAACUGAACUCUAAAGAUGAGAUGGAUGAGGGUAUAUGCCAAAUAGGUUACACUUCCCUGGGAGAAAAAAAAAUAGAAAGAGAUUAAAUCUUUCCGAUAUUAAAACAGUCUUUUUUGUGAGACGUGCUAAAAAAAUGCAAGAUGUGAAUAUUGCAAAUAACUGAUACCGAAAUGUUGUAAAAUGCACUUUUUAGUUUUAGAUAUCUAUUUUCCAGAAAAAAAGAUGUUCUGUGAAGCAUUUAAUUUAAAAGGCUGUGGUGACCAUGUGGAUCAGUUGCUGUAAAUUUGUACUUUUUUUUUUUUUUAAAGGUGAAGCAUGCAUUCUAAACAAAAAAUGUGUUGUUACUGUUCAUGUUGUUCAUGUUCUGUUUUAUUUUCGUUUGUUCGUUUCUGCAAGCAUGUGCGCGUUUGAAAAGUGCAGACAUUCUGCAAGGAAUUGGAAAAAAAAUGGUCAUCCAAAUAUUUUCUCAUUAAAAGUGAAGUAAACAAUCAAAAAUAUGGUUCGGAUUAUUUUAUUAAAAUAUAACAAAAUACUCUAAAUCGAAAGUCAGCGUUAAUUUAUCGCGGUCUGCCAUAAUGAUCUUUUAUCGAUCAUAACCGUGGUUAUCACAGUGAUUAUGUGGUUAUUCUAACCUGCGUGAUUUGAGUGUGAGACUUUCCUCGAAGCAGACAGACGUGAUUUGUGCUCUCCAUUAGAAUGCAUGGUGCACCCAUGCCAUGGCCACAGAGCAGACAAGUGUGCUCAUUCAUCAACCUGCAAAAAAAGUCCAACAAUAAACAUUUCGACAAGCAAAACAUGCAAUUUUCACAUCAGAUUUGCAUUCUUUUUAACGCAGCUGUAAUUUCAAAAUUAACAGUAAUGAUGCGCACAUAUUUUUUUUGCACCUGCACUUGCGCACACUGAAACAAUGUUAAAUGACUUAUCACAAAACACGUUCUACAUUUAAAUUGAUUUUUUUCCCCCUGUGUUAUUUUAAAUAAACUCAAUGGAGCGUCAGUCCAUCCGAGGGUAUUAAACGAAUACAUUCCGUCACUUUAUGCAAUGGACUAGAUCAAAUAAAGGCGAUCGGGCCACUUCAUUCUGCCUCAUUCACUCGGAUUGAAAGUGCAAAGAAUAGCAAACUUCAACUGGGCCACCAAUGUAGAUUUAGCCUUUUUUCAGCAAGACAAAAAGACUGAUUUUUUUCACAAACACAUUGCUGACUGGGGAACUAGGAAACGAGCUGCGAGACCCUUUUGGAAUUUAAAUCUGUACCCCUCCCCCAUGGACUGUUUGUACAACAGUGUCACUUUUUUUUCUCCCCUCACUUUUGUGUUGUGUGUGCAACAUUAAGUCCUGAUUGAUUGUUGAUAUUGGAGCUGCAACAACAUACUACAAGCUUUUUUUUGGCCUAAAAAAAGAGGCAAAUUAAUUGAAAUUUAAAAAUAGAAAUACAGCACUAAAAAAUAGUUUAUUUGUGUUUACGACUAACACUGAUUGGUUGUGUGUAUUUUUAAAAUAUAAAACCAAACAAUUGAAUCAAAAAUAUAAAUGUUUUACACUCAAAAUAUUAAUUUGUGAUUAUUAAAAAUAAUUAGAUUUUGAUGCCAAUAUUGGGGCAGUUUCAUCAGUUUGUCAGUCAGCAUAACACACCUCAAUAUUUGUCACUAGUAAAAAAAAAGUAAUUUAUUCAAAAAGACUUAAAUAUGUUGUAUAGAGUGAACAAAUAAUCAACUUUUCUGAAAUAAACUUUCUCAUUUAAUUUAAAAAAAGUUUUAGAUACAAUUAAAACAAAUAUGACUUUUCUACUCAUUUUAACUUUCUCAUCUUGUAUUUAUCCUGCUACAAAUUUUAAUCUGAUAAUUCCUCACCGGCUUCUAAUGUGUGUUGACAUUGUCCUUGCUGCUCCACUAUAUUCCACUUGGACAACGACGAAGGUCAUCACCAGCACGGGAUGAAAUAUAGACCACUUGCAAAAACCCUGUUGUCGUUUAAUUAAAAUAAUUCAUUAAAGUGGAGGCCUUAGGUAAUUAGUAUGUAUAAUUUAUGAUUUGCCUAAUGCAUGCAGGCAGUGGCCUCUGCAAUAAACUCAAGUUAACCUCGAGUAUAGGGGAACUGAUACAGACGGGGCUGUUGUUAUUUACUAUGUGUUUAUUGUUUGGCUAUUUGUCAAGAGGAUGUGAGUGUUUCAUAAAACCUUCCCGUUGUCUGGCUCUUGCCAAGACUUUAUUUGUUUAUGGGUUUAUCUUGUGGAUUUGAAAGGAAAUCUGUCAGAUUUGUUAUAAAGGAGACAUACUAGGGAUUACCUCCCUCUAUCCCCCCCCAACAUACUGUACAUUACCAUCAUUCUGCUGGUCACUGGAGUUGAAGAACAGUUCACGCUUGAUGCUGACAGAAUGAGGACAUACACAAACAGCGGCAGGUAUCGCCUUCAACUUUCCACAGCAUGCUGUCAGCUCUGACUUUUAGUGAAAAAGGCAAAAGUAAUCACACACGGACCAAACUCAUCUAUUAUCUCGACAAAUGUGUCAAGUUUUUUGCAGGACUUCGACAUUUUCAAACAUGCCCGCUGGCUGUUUUGUUUAAUUCUUGCACAGUUAAAAAAAAAGUUAACCAAAUAUUUUCCCAUGGAACUGUGUUGCACUGUAAACAGAUGGUUUAUACUCAUAUGAUAGCUAUACUAGAACAGGCACUUUCUCAUGAUCGCAUGUAACCAAAUUCUGCAUAAUGACUGAAUUUCAUCACAACAUUUUUGCUGCACAUCAGCUUUUUAUUUUAUUUGAUGACAUAAAAAUGACCGAAGACGGAACACUCACCAUCAGCGAGGGUUGACUCAUCCGUGGUUCCUGCAAACUAAAUACAUUACAUGGCAGUGUGGGAGGGCAAAGGGCAGGUAGUGGGCAGCCGGGAAGAGAUGCAAGGCUGGGCGGCAGCUUUCGAGGGCUGGCUCAGCCAAACACCCGUGUGUGCAUGAAAUUAGAGUGUCAACAUCUGAUUCAUGCUGCUGGCUAGUGACUGUGAAACAAAUUAUGUCAGCGGGUGGCAAAAUUCCACUGCAGCCACUGCAGCUCCAACAGACAGUGGACGACAUAAGAGACUGACCGAGUGGACAUUCUUCCAAAAAACAUUAUUCAAAAGACAGUGACAUUUCAGACGACACAAACAAAACCUGAUUGUUUGGUUUUGUUAUGGCCCCUUAUUAGGGGUGUCACAAGACACCCAACAUGAGAUUGGAUCAAUGAGGACGAGACCUUUUUUUUCUAGGUACAUUAUGCCACAUUAUUUUCCAACGUUUGCUGUGUUUUUUGUUCAUUCUAUUUCCAAAAUGAGCCAAGUUCCACAGAUGACCCCUGGGCCACACUUUGGACACUUGAGGUGGAAGGUGAGGAGUGUGUCCAAGCUUGUAUUUAAUUGUCGAAUAAAUGCAUAUGCAAG